CAGAGAGUAAAAACAAUCCUUGCGUCGCCUUUCGAAAAAAAUCACGACGUCAUCGUUCAGUGGCCCGUGAACAUCAACGCGUCACGCACUGGUAAGACGCAUGCAAAAGUUGAAUCAGCAAUCAUGGACAUCCAAAUCCUCACCUGCUGUGGCAUCUGCGCCCCCUCGGAAGAGGCAGAGCGCCAGCCGCUUCUUCCCCAGUAUGACGACGAAACGGCGAUGCAGGCCACCCUGCACCAAAAACUUCACACCUACCAGAUGCUGCGUGCCCUGUCCAAGGGCUACAUGCCGUCAAACGACCAGGCGAUAGUCAACCUCCGCACGCUCUUAGCCUCGGAGCUGCUCAACCCGCCGGCCGACGACGCCGACCUGAGCGACUCUGGCCGUGCCGUGCUGCACUAUGCCAAGCAGACCAUCAACCACCUCAUGGAGCUGCUGCAGCACAAGAACGCGGACGACCAGAUCCAGGAUUUUAUCUGGUACCUCUCGCAGGCGAGGAUGUCUGUCGACAUGGAGGACAUUGUCGAGCGGGCCGGUAGGGCGCAGGCGCGGGCGAACACGGCUGCUGCGUACAGCAGCCUAAAGACCGUGGGGUCGUUGCUGCUAACCAACUCGGACUUUCGCAUGUUCCUGUCCGACCUGGGAACCAUCGGCAAAGAGGUCUUUAGCGACACGGCAAUGAAGCUUUCGAGCGUGUCAAAGGACGUCGCCAAGCAGAUUGAACCUUCUGCCGAGGAGCAGCAGACCUUGAAGAAGGAGGCUGAACUUGAUGAGACGAAUGGCAAGCCGUCGGGGUCAGAGGAUAGCAAAUCUGAUGACAAACCCAGCAAAGAGAAUCUGGAGAGCGAGGUGGCAUCAGUGACUAAAGCUGUCGCCAAUGGAGCUACUGAAGUUGUUGGUGAAGCACAGCACAGUUUGGUUGAUCACCUGCAGGGCGAUGAGAAGGACGCCCUGCUGAAUCGUCUACGUAGGACAGUGGCAAAUCUCCGUCAGCGCAGAGAUUACUCGGAUUCCGUGUCGACGCUUUCCUUACUCCUAAAACGCUACGCUACAGUCUACUCUCACGUCUUUGAAGACACCCUUCGCGCUGCCGAUGAAGACGUCAGCGUCAACAGAGAGACCGACAAAGCACUGAGGAAUUUCUGGUCUCUGAUCCGGUCCUUUGGCGAGGCCAAGGAAUGGGAUGAGCUGGAAAAGCGCUUCAAGCUCGUAUAUGAGCAUGGACGCAGCGACCCCGAAUUCGACGAGCUGGUCCGCCAGAUUGGCAAUGCCGUGCAAGAGCUGCUCGCGGAUCCGACCUUUUUCGAACACGCCGAGGAGCGUUUCCAGACGCUCCGCAGCCAGUCGAAACAGCUUGCUACCCGAUCGGCCCUUCGCGACGACGUAGAUGCGCUUCUUGCGCAGCUCCAGUCGACCGUUCAGUCUGUUCUCCGCGAUGCCGACGUGUCACGACUCCUGACAACGGCAGGCAAGGUCCUGAAACUGCUUUCGCCCAAGAACCACUAUGUCAACACAGAUCUCAUCAACGACUGCGUCAAUGUCUUUGUUCCCAUGAUCGUGCAAGGUAUACAGUACGUGCCGAUCCCACGCCUCGAAGUCUCGACGCCGGAUAUAGAUCUCCUCCUCGAAAACUUGAUCCUCGAGCCAGGCAGGACCGUCAACGGGUCCUCCUUCUUGCCCUACAAGCUUCGUGUCGAGACGAAGAAUGAUCUCGAGAUUCGCAAGACCCGCCUAAACCGCACAGCAUCUGCCGUUCAGUCCAUCGUCACCAUCAAGCUCGACGGCCUCUCGAUUGCAGCCAAGGACGUCGGCUUCUGGCUCCGAGUACACUCUGGCCUGAUGCGAUUCUCGGACGAGGGCAUCGCGUCCUUCAGCCUCGACGAGCGCGGCAUCGACGUCCACAUUGAGGUGGAGGUCGGCAAGGAGAAGUUGGAAAAGAUCCUCACGCUGAGGUCGGUUCGGGUCGUUAUCCACCAGCUCGACUACACGUUGCGCAAGAGCAAGUUCGCGCUGGGCGCCUGGGUCAUGAAGCCGUUCAUCUUGCCCCUGAUGAAGAAGACGCUGGAGCUGCAGAUUGCCACAGCCAUCUCGGACUCACUCCAGGCUGCCAACCGUGAGCUCCUGUUUGCCCGCGAGCGGCUGCGCGCCACGAGGGUCGCGGAUCCAGACAGCCUCUGGACGUUUGUCAAGGCCGUCGGGGCCAGGCUGGUGCCGGAGGAUGAUCCGGACCUGGACGUCCGCGUCGGUGUGACGGAGCCCGGCAAGGGUGUGUUCAAGGGCGUGUACGCGCCGGGCAGUCUGGUCAAGCUGUGGAACGAGGAGGCUGCGCGGGCUAAAGACCGGAUCAGGGAGCAGAGUGGUGAUGGCUGGAGGAAUGAUAUUUUUGAUGUGCAGACUGUGCCCACAAUGGGCGACUCUCCGGGACUGCUUGGUUGA